AUGGACGAAGAGGCUAGAAAAAAAUUUUGUCAUCUCUUAAUGUUUGAUGUUGAUGUUCACGAACAAGAACAAGACGCGAUUUCCACUAACGAAAAUCUUAACGGAAUUGAUAAUGAUCCUCAUCAUUUCGCUUAUCAUUAUGAUAACGGUUCUACGACAUUUAAUCCUAGUCAUGCUCAUAACAUUCAUAACAUCAUUGAACCAUCCGUCCUUGAUGUUUCUAAUUCGUCCGUACCUCCUACCGUUAUGGAUUCUUCAACUGUUCAAACUGUUAUUCCUGUUACUCGAUCCAUAAAGUCUACAAAAGCAAGAAAACCAAGAGCUAGAAAACCAAAAAGGACUCCCAGACCACCAAAUGCAUUCAUCUUGUAUAGAAAAAAUAAACAACCCGAUGUUGUGGCUCAAGAUAAAAGCUUGACUAACGCUGAAGUUUCAAAAGUUAUUUCUAAAAUGUGGUGGAAAGAAUCUGAAGAAGUAAGGUUUCAAUGGGAAAAACUUGCGGAUAGAAUGAAACUUAAACAUAUGCAAGAUCAUCCAGAUUAUGUAUAUCAACCUAAAAAACCUGGAACAAAAAAACCACGUAAAUUAUCAAAAGGUCGAGAUUGUAAUUCUUCAACAAAUACUUUUCCAGCAAUUCCAUCUUCUGAUAAAAAU